AUGGUUCGCGGACCGCGUCACCACUUGAAGCACCUUGCUGCCCCCAGCUCGUGGAUGCUGGACAAGCUCGGCGGCACUUAUGCGCCGCGCCCGAGCACCGGUCCCCACAAGCUCCGUGAGGCUCUCCCGCUCGUGAUCCUCCUCCGUAACCGCCUGAAGUACGCUCUGACUGGUCGUGAGGUCUUGUCGAUCACGAUGCAGCGCAUUGUCAAGGUCGACAACAAGGUCCGUACUGACCCGACCUACCCGACUGGUUUCCAGGACGUUGUUUCGCUUGAGAAGUCGGGUGAGCACUUCCGUAUCCUCUACGACGUGAAGGGUCGCUUUGUUGUGCACCGCAUCUCUGCCGAGGAGGCUCAGUACAAGCUCCUGAAGGUCAAGCGUGUUCAGCUUGGUGCCAAGGGUGUGCCGCAGAUUGUUACCCACGAUGGUCGCACUCUUCGUUACCCUGACCCGCUUGUGCGCGUGAACGAUACUGUGAAGUUCGACCUCAUCAACAACAAGAUGGUCGACUUUAUCAAGUUCGACACCGGUGUGCAGGUCAUGAUCACUGGUGGUCGCAACAUUGGUCGUGCUGGUCAGAUCGUCCACACUGAGCGCCACCACGGUGGUUUCGACAUUGUGCACAUUCGUGACCCCGCUGGCCGUGAGUUCUCGACCCGUCUCAGCAACGUUUUCGUUAUUGGUGACAGCGAGAAGCGCUGGAUCUCGAUGCCUCGUGGCGGUGGUGUUAAGCUCACCAUCACUGAGGAGCGUGACCUGCGCCGCAAGCAGCGCGAGAUCUAA